AUGAGUGACAAGCUGGCAGAAAUGAAACCUGCUCUACUCCAGCUCAUUAGUUCCAAUCAAUUUUCUGGCCUAGACAAUGAAGACCCCCAUGCUCAUCUGGUCACUUUCUAUGAGCUAUGUGCACGCUUCUUUCCUCCAUCAAAGAGCACAGAGGUGAAGGCUGCCAUUGCUACCUUCGUACAAGGAGUAGAGGAACCACUAUGUGAAGCCUGGGAAAGAUUCAAGUCUUUAUUGAGAAAGUGUCCCAGCCAUGGAUUCAGUCUAGAAAUGCAAGUGCAAACUUUCUGUAAUGGUUUGCAACCUCAUACUAAGAUGAUACUAGACGCAUCAUUUGGUGGUUCAGUACUUUUCAAGACUGCUGAUGAAGCCAUUGCCGUCAUAGAAAAUAUGGCUUCUACCGACAUGAGAAGCCAACAUGGGAGAAUUCCAGCACAAAGGAGAGGGGUGUAUGAACUUAGUGCUCAAGAUGCACUACUUGCUCAAAACAAGCUUCUUUCUCAACAAAUGGAGCUGUUAACUCAAAGCAUGGCUAAGUUACCUCAGCAGUUACAAGCACUGCAAGCUCAGUCACAACCACAUCAUCAGGUCAUGAGAUGUGAUUUUUGUGGAGAUGAUCAUCCUAAUGGUCAUUGUCAAGUUCCUGGUAGUUCCCAAUCUGAAGAAGUCAACUAUAUGGGGAACCAAGGACGUCAAAAUUUCUUCAACAAUUCUUUUCCUAAUCCUGCAAAUCAAGGAUGGAGACAAGCACAGGGAGCUUCAGGUAGUAGAAAUUCUUAUCAACCUGGGCAACAGUAUGCAUCUCAAAAUGACCGAACAGCAAAAUUAGAAGAUGCUUUGCAGAUGUUUAUACAACAAUCCAUCCAAAAUCAGAAAAACACUGACGCUUCAAUCAAAAAUUUAGAAGUGCAAGUAGGUCAGUUGGCCAAGCAAUUGGCAAAUCAACAAGGUGGUCAAUUCUCUGCUAAUACUCAAACAAAUCCAAAGGAAGAAUGCAAAGCUAUAACCACCAGAAGCAGGAAGGAAAUAAGAAUAACUGAGAAAGAAACUCUUCAACAGAUUCCAGCCUAUUCUCGCUUCAUGAAGGAUUUACUCACGAAGAAGAAAAAGUAUAUUGAAGCAGAGACCAUUGAAGUACAAGGCAACUGUAGUGCUAUCAUCCAAAAGCUUCUCCCACCAAAAUUCAAAGAUCCGGGCAGUUUCACUAUCCCUUGCACUAUAGGGAAUCUAGCUAUUGGGAAAGCUCUGAUUGAUUUGGGAGCAAGCAUCAAUCUAAUGCCCCUCUCUAUGUUCAGAAAGAUUGGAGAGUUAGAUCUGAAACCUACAAGGAUGACUUUACAAUUAGCAGACAGAUCUAUUAAAUACCCUCAUGGGGUGGUGGAAGAUGUGCUUGUUAAAGUUGACAAAUUUGUCUUUCCAGUGGACUUUGUAAUAAUGGAGAUGGAGGAGGAUACUGAGGUUCCUCUCAUUCUGGGUAGACCAUUCAUGAAGACUGCAAGAGUUCUAAUUGAUGUAGACAAUGGCAAACUCAAGGUGAGAGUACAGGAUGAAGAAGUGAAUUUCAACGUUUUUGAAGCUAUGUCUCACCCCAAUGACGAUGAAUCAUGUUUUCAAGUUGAUGUUCUGGAUGAGGAAAUUCCCCCUCAUGAAGCAAAGAUGGAAGAUAUAAAUUCCAAGGAAAAAGUCAAAGAUGGCAAACUUGAGUUGAAAAUGUUACCCCCUCAUUUGAAGUAUGUGUUUCUAGAAGAAGCGGGUAGCAAACCAGUCAUCAUCAGCAAUUCUUUAUCUCCUGCAGAAGAGGAGAAAUUAAUUGAAGUUCUCAAAGCCAAUAAGGGAGCCAUCGGGUGGUCAAUAUCUGAUCUAAAAGGAAUAAGUCCUUCUUACUGCAUGCACAAGAUAUUCAUGGAGGAGGAUUUCAAACGAGUAGCUCAACCACAGAGGAGAUUGAACCCUGUAAUGAAAGAAGAAGUAAGAAAAGAGGUUCUGAAAUUGGUAGAAGCUGGAAUCAUAUAUCCUAUAUCUGAUAGCACAUAG